AUGAUCAGAAAAUACCCAACACAGAAGUGGAGUGAACAUGAUGAUCGCCCAUCUACCCAACUUCUUCGAAUGAUUUCUUUCGUUGCAACAAGAUCACACUACUUCACACUACCUCACAUUCCUUCAACACAACCAGUCAUCCACAGUCUUCAUCUGUCAACCUCUCUUUCUCCUCUCACUUACCGACCGAAUUACGCCACAGUGCCAUCCUGUUCUCAACCAACAGUUGGUUUACAUCAACCCAAACUUAUACGGAACACAUCACAACACCUUUCUUCUGUAAGUAGUGGACCAUCACACCAAAACGACAUGAAUAACACACAAGAGCUUCUUUUUGGAAAAGAUUGGAAAAAUAUUGCUCGGAAUGGGUUUUCUAAGAGGUUUGGAAAGAUUCUUGAUAAUGAACAUUUCAAAAUUGCCUGUUUUCUAUUUCCUCCUGAAAGAGACAAAUACUUGAAUUUAAGGGAUCAGGAACAUAUUAAAAGAGUUGUUGAAUCUAAGUUGGUUGGCUCUCGAGAUUACCUUACCGCGAAGAGGAAACUUUCUAUACAAUUAACAAAGGAUGGAAAUGAUCAACGAGUAAGAGAGUCAGAUGCCAAAGAUUCUGGAAUGGCGAAAAAACUUGGAGAAUAUAUGGAAGACAAAGGGACAUCUGAUGGUCAAACUGAAUUGCAUGAAACCCCCUUGACUUACUGA